AUGUCGCGGUUGUUGUGUGGCUUUGGGAAGCCGAAUUUGCUUAGCUUUUACUACCGAUGCGUACAGUUUUUCCCACAUCCGGCGAAGCAGGAUUCUGGCGGUGAGGAUGCCUUUCUGUCGUUGCUAGGCGUUCAGGCAGUGUUGGACGGGGUGAGCUGGUGGAGGGAGAACACUUCUGUGGAUGCGGGACUGUAUAGUGCGGCGCUUGCGCGGGCGAUGUAUUCUUACGUCGAGGAUGAGUUGUUGGGGGACAAUCCUCCCUCCUCUCUUGCAGUUUUACAGCGUGCCUACGACAUGUGCAAGGCGGACGAGAUUGAGGGGACGGCAACGGCGUUGGUGGCGACGCUUCAGCCGCCAACUGAGGACGAGGCGGCUUUAAUGGGCGUGCGGGGCGGGUACGGUAACUGUAUUUUAGAUGUCUGUAGUGUUGGGGAUUGCACAGCCCUGAUAGUUCGGCGAGGCAGGAUUGUUUUCAUGACGGACGAGCAAACACACGACUUGGACUUUCCGUACCAGUUGGGCCAAGGUAGCAGCGACGUGCCUUCUCGCGGACUGAAGUACCGUUUCCCCGUCGAGUGUGGCGAUUUACUGUUUCUGGGUAGCGAUGGCGUCUUCGAUAACGUUUUCCCACACCGCGCCGCGGACCUGGUGUGGUCAGUUGUGAAUGAAGUUCGCCUACAACAUUCGCCGGGCAUGCAAGUGCCGCUGCGGACGGGGGGAGGGCGGGUCGAGCUCUUUGAGGAAACGAUGCGCGCCCUGGCGAAGGGCUCCGAGGACGUUGUGCGCGAGGCGCGGAGCUGCGCGAGGGACCUUCACGCUGACACGCCGUACGCACGCAAGGCGGUGGCGGGGGGCGCCUACUACGAGGGCGGGAAGCAGGACGACAUGACGCUUUUGGUCUCCGUCAUUGGCGAGAUGGACGCGGACUCCGGCGAACGCACCUUCCGCGGCGCCGUGAUGAACCCGUACCCCUACCGCGACUGGCCGUGA